AUGCCCGCCCACAGUGAACCUGCGGAAGAUGUCACAGAUAAUCUGCCGUACUUGCAACGCAACCGGUCCUCUUUAUCAGAGACGGUGAGGAGGAUAGGUGAAGGUGAAGCCCGUGAAAGAUAUGAGGCUCGUGCAGAAGAGCAGGGUCUUGACGAAAAGAAGAUAGUCGGCCCCAACUCAUCAAGCGACGAAGAUGAGCCAACGAUAAUAUCUUGGGAUGAUGGUGACCCAGAGAACCCGUACAACUGGUCACAUACCAAAAAGUUCUUGAUCCUUUGCUUAACCAUGAUGCAAGUCAUCAACAGCACAAUGGGCUCGGCCCUCCCAUCCAACGCCAUUCCCUUCAUCACCGCCGAAUGGGGCAUCACAAACGAGCAACAGCAGGUCUUGCCCAUCUCCGUCUUCCUCAUCGGCUACGUCUUCGGGCCUGUAGUUUGGGCGCCUCUCAGCGAGCAUCUCGGUCGAAGGAUGUUGACAAUCAUCACUUUUGUCAUGUUCACCAUCUGGACUAUGGCUUGUGCCCUUGCGCCCAACUGGCCUGCCUUUCUUUUCUUCCGUUUAUUUACUGGCGUCUUCGCUAGCUCACCCAUCGCCAUCGUGGCUGGUAUUCUUGCAGAUAUCUACGGUGACACUGAGACCCGUGGCCGCGCAAUGACAGCCUUCAUGGUCACAACCACCUUUGGCCCCCUCUUCGCCCCUAUCGUCUCCGGCUUCUGUUCCACGACAAUAGGCUGGCGCUGGUCCUUCUGGGUGGCUCUCAUCUACGCCGGCCUAACCCUCGUCCCAAUCCUCCUUCUCCCCGAGACCUACGCACCCGUCCUCCUCCUCCGACGCGCACAAAAGAUCCGCAAAUUCGACCCCUCGGCCGCCGUCAUUGCGCCCCGUGAGAUGGAGAGCACUGACUUCAAGCACAUCGCCACCGUCGUCCUAACCCGCCCCGUACGCAUGAUCAUCUUCGAGCCCAUCGUCAGCUGCACGUGCGCCUACCUGGCUCUGGUCUACACAAUCUUCUACAUGUCCUUCCAGGCCUUCCCCAUCAUCUUCCAGAAGCUCUACGGCCUCUCGCCGGGUGUAGCUGGACUAGCCUAUCUCCCCAUAGGUGCCGGCGCCCUGCUGGUGGUGCCCAUCUUCAUCGGCUGGGAGCAGGGCCAUCUCCGCGCACAACGGAGUGGUCACACGUGGGCGAAGCGAGAGGAAUUCCGCCGUCUCCCUCUCGCUUGUGUCGGCGGGCCGCUCUUCUUCAUUUCCCUGUUCUGGCUGGGCUGGUCUUCCAGAGAAGACGUCAACUUCGUAGCGCCCAUGCUGGCGGGUAUCCCGUUUGGCAUGGGCUUCAUGCUCAUCUUCAUUGCCCUGCUCAACUAUCUCACUGACGCGUACGAAAUAUUUGCGGCCAGCGCCAACGCGGCUGCCUCGACGAGUCGGUCUCUUCUUGCUGUGGUGCUGCCGCUGGCGACGACGCGUAUGUUCAAUAAGCUUGGGAUUGCUGGUGCUUGUAGCUUGCUUGGUGGUUUCAGUGCCAUUAUGUGCAUUAUCCCCUUCAUCUUUAUCUGGAAGGGCGAGCAGAUUCGAGCGGGGUCGCGGUUUUGUAUUGCGCUUCGGGAGAGGAAGGCUGAGAUGCAGAGAAAGGUUGAGGAGCAGAAGCAGAGGGAAGAAGCGAGGAGGGUCAGGCUGAGAGAUGGCCCUGUGGCUCGGAAAGAGGAGGUUUGA